AGUGCUUAGCCAGUCAAUAAUGCAACCUCAAGGUGACUUUCGUUGUUUAUUGACUCCGUUUCUUUGGUCGAAAGGAACCAAGCGUUUUGAUUUGGCCGCAGCCGAAUCUCGUUGUAGUUCGAGACUGAGCCCACGGGCCGGAUGCUAGCAGAUGGAAUAUGCCGCGGAUAUGCUGCGUGCCUGGUUGCAGGACCAACUACUCAAGGAAGCCGGCCGAUAAGUCGCCUCACGUCAACACUUUCGUCUUCCCGAGGGACCCGAUCAGGCGGCAGAUUUGGCUUAGCAUCAUAAACACCGCGUGGGGAGGAGAGCUGGAGCUUAAAUCGUACAGCUGCAUCUGCAUAAAACAUUUCAAGGAUGACUUCGUCCAGUGGGAGACUUCGGCCGUGCGAGACGAUGGAUCCGUGCUCACCCUCAAAAGGACAAAGCCUAAGCUCACGUCUGCCGCCUAUCCAAGCAUUUUUUACUCUGAAACGACUAAGCUGAAAGGAAUGAACCCACCAGUAUAUAGUAAAGAAGACUACCAGGAAUCGUCUUCUGGUGACAAUUUUAAUUUGCCUGACAAAAGGAGAACAAAGAGAAAGCGCAAGCAAACAAGGAAGAAAUCGAAAACAUAUGAUGAAUCGAGUGACGAGCAAAGUGAAGAUAUAUCCAUAGAUAUGUCCAGUGGCGAGUCGAGCGAUCCCCAGGUCCGUGCCAGACCUGUUAAAAGGAAACUGGAACAUGUUGCAUUUGAAUUAGAGGACGAUUUGGAUGCCUUGGAGGAAGCGCAGGACGAGGGAACAUCUUUAGGCGAAUUUGUUGCCCACGUUAUGAGAUCCCUCUCAACAAAGAUGCUUAGGAAUAAAUUAAAACGGGCCGUUCUUCAACUGCUUAUUGACACUUCUGAAGAAGACACAUUGAAGACCAGUGAAAACUAAUGUCAUUUUUCAAUUUGCAUUUCAAAGCCAAAGUCAGUUUUUU